GAACGCGGGCGGAGCUUGAGGGUCCUCGAAGCGGAUCCAGACUCCCUCCCUCAGUCGGUGGGGGAAGGUGGAGGAAACUAUCCGUUUUAGCACAGGGAAUAUCGAAAGCUGUCAUGGCGUCAGGUCUGGCCAGUUUAGCAGUGGUGAUCCUCUGUGCCGCUCUGUCCGGUCGUGUCUUCGGGGGCGACGACUGUAAAGCCUACAGAGAUUCAUUCAACAUAUUUCACGAGAGUCAGGAAUGCAGCUAUGGAUUUUGCUGUGGUGACUGCUAUAACAGAAAGUGCUGUACCAAUUUUUGGGAUAAGCUGUCUGAAGUGAAACAGAGAGCAUGUGACAUAAAGUCCAACUUCAAUUUUAAUGACAAAAGUGACAAGUUCAACGACGAUUUUAUGGAUCACGACUCACCUAUUCCUAUGAUCGUUAGUAUCGUGGGCUCCAUCUUCCUUUUUCUUGUCCUCAUCUGCUGCUGUAUCUGUCCCUGCUGCUGCAUUUACAAGCUGUGCCGCAAGCCACGACCUGUGGUAGCUACUACCACCCACACCACAAUGGUGACCUCUGCUCCUCAGCCUCAGUACCCCCAGCAGCCAAUUUCAGCAUCUGGAUACCACCAGCCGUACCAGGCAGCCCAGUAUCCACCCUACCAGCCCAUGCCAGUUCAGCCUGGCUAUGGAACACACCCCAUGCCUACCUCGCCUUAUGCAGGACAGCCAUGUGCCCCAGGACCACCACCACCCUAUCAGGAAGCCAUUGGUCCAGCCUACCCUCCCCAGCAGCCGAUGCCUUACAGCCAGGCGGCAUACAGCCCCGGACAGCCAGCAUACCCCCUACAACCUCCCGCACACCCACAGCCAAAUCCUCCACCCGCUCAAUCAGACUUCCUAGCACAGCCUGCAUACAACCCAGAUUAUGUUGUCCCACCCAAAACGGGGUGAAGUUAUCUGUCAUUAAAACUAUUCUAUCUUUUGCUGAGCGGGAAGGAAAAAAGUGUUAGAUAAGAUAAGAAAUUCUACAGAAAAUGGCUUCCUUUAGUUUGAUGGUAAACAUGGAAAUGUAACGGCUGAACAUUUGUUGUUCAAAUGUCCCAAAGUACAGAAAUGUUGAUGCCUUUUGACUUGUUUUGCAAUGAUAUUCAACAUGUGUAUUUACUUAUAUAUGUAUUGAAACAUGGUCUGAUUCCAGUUUACCUGUGGCUCCUUUGAUAUCUUGGCGAAAUUAACAUGAACAAGAAUGAAGAAAUAGUUUUCGUUUUCUGACCAUGCCUCAAAGAUUUCUGCCUGCCUUUGAUGUCCACCAGUCAAACCUACUGGUCCGACUCCUAAGCAAACUGCUGCAAAUAGGAAAUUUGACUAAAAAAAAUUCCUUCAUACGUGCUUUAAGCUUCUUUUUUUCUAAACAUACUCUUGUUUUUAUACUGGUGUAAAGUGGGUAUUAGUUUUUAUUGCACUUCUGGGAUACUUUAUUUUUCUAAGCAGUCAUUAAAGGGAACAUUUCAUUUGUCAUCAGUACAGAAAACUUAAAAGCUGUUGCUUUUACAUGUUGAUUUCA